GUCACCCAUUGGCUUCUGCUGGCCCCGAUGGGUGGGGAAACUUGGGGAGUUCUGGAGCCUCAGUGUCGCCGAAAGCUGGGUGUCUGGCACGGGCCGGAGCGCCUACUCGCUUACCACGCCUCGUUCAUCUCAGAAGAAAAAAAAUGGAAGGCCUGCCUGAUGCUACUGCUUUUGCCACUAGACUUAAGAACACUCUCAUACAGUAUCAUAGCAUUGAAGAUGAUAAGUGGCGAGUUGCCAAGAAAACGAAAGAUGUUACAAUUUGGAGAAAACCUUCAGAAGAAUUUAAUGGAUACCUUUUCAAAGCCCAAGGUGUUAUAGAAGACAGCGUCAAUAGUGUCAUAGACCAUAUACGCCCAGGUCCCUGUCGCUUGGAUUGGGAUAGCUUAAUGACUUCAAUGGAUAUUUUGGAACACUUUGAGGAGAAUUGCUGUGUGAUGCGUUACACUACCGCUGGUCAGCUUUGGAAUAUAAUUUCCCCAAGAGAGUUUGUUGAUUUCUCCUACACUGUGGGCUAUGAAGAAGGGCUUUUGUCCUGUGGGCUAAGUGUUGACUGGAAUGAAAAGAGACCAGAAUUUAUUCGUGGCUAUAACCAUCCCUGUGGUUGGUUUUGUGUUCCGCUUAAAGACAGUCCACACCAGAGUCUUUUGACCGGCUACAUUCAGACGGAUCUGCGUGGGAUGAUUCCUCAGUCUGCGGUAGAUACAGCCAUGGCCAGCACUUUAAUCAACUUCUAUGGUGAUUUACAAAAAGCCCUACAAAAGGCAUAAUACAUUUAAACUUGUAGUACGAUAGUCCCCCUGAAUCAACUUUUUCUCUCAGCUCCAUGGCCUGUGAAAAUCAUCCUUUCCUUUCUUCUGUGUAGCCUGUAGGAAAAUUUGGUAUUAUUUGCUGACUUAUUUUAUUCCUAAAGUAAAUAGUUACCGAAGAGGGGGCAUUUCCAUUUUCUUAGGUGGUGAUUUGCAAGGUGUUUGAUACAGCAGUGUGUCUAAGCAAGGAGAGUCUUACAGACGUCCAUGAGGAAGUAGUAUACUUCUUUGACUUGAACUCUUAAGAAACCGAAUAUUGCCUCAGUAUGAAUAUUUUGGCUACUUGGAAAUUAGAGAAAGCACAAACUUCAUGCUGUUAGUUAAAAAUCAUCUGUUUUAGAGAUUUAUGAAUAUUUUCUAAGUUUUAACUAUUUUUGGAAGUUAUAUAUUAAUGCUUUACUUUUGGUAUGCUCUGUGAGUUUGCCAAUAUCUUGGACUGAAAAAAGGUUCUUUAUAUUUUAUAAAGGUGAGCUUCAUUGUCGGGUGACUUGUACUACUUUAAGUAUUAAAAAAAUAAGAAGAAAAAGAAUAGAUACAGUAAGAAUAGAUACAAUUCAAAUACAAUUGUUUUGAUACCUAGACAACCUUAUUUUGUGGAUAUCUUUAAAAAUGUAUUUGUAUCUUUCUGUGCAUUUAUUUUGGAAGGUCUAAAAAGCAUUUAUGCAUGAAUAAAAUGUACAAAAAACAUAUGUGCUGGGGACACCACA